AGGAUUUUAUUUUAUUUACAGCCUUCUCGCUUAGCUUACAGAAUUCACAAAGGACGGAACAACAAGAUCUUCCAUUCCGGGUAGAUAACCACUUUUCUCCAGCUAGUACCAGGGAGGUGUGACCUGCCUCCACUUUGAUGUCUAAACAAUCGAAAUGCACUGGAGUUGGCAUUUUUAAGUCACUUCACACAACACACGAAAGCAACGCCAUCUUUCCAUUUACCUGCCAAUGGCUGGUCGUACCGGGAGGAGUGACCUCGUGGGGCAUCCGCUGCCCCCACCUCCACCCCCCCUCCGCCAGGACUCUCUGCCCUUUGGAGGAUUUGGAGGGAGCUCUCCCCUUUGGGAAAGCAGACUUCGACAAUUCACCAAAACCCCUUUUACUCUGCGGAGGAGAAUGAGUGUCAGAGGCCGCCUAAAUCCCCAGGAAAGCUCAGCCCUCGCCCGACCCCUUCGAGUUCUGCAGUUUUCCUAACCUUGACCUGAAGUCAGCCGUCUUUAACCCCUUUCCAAAACGUCGCUCGUGCUGGGCUGCCGUUUGAAAGGAAAAACAAAACAAAACAUCCAAACCUGAAACCGCCCAAUUCGGAGACUCGGGGAAAGGGCACUCGCUCCCUGGGGGCUCGGAACCACUUCCCGGCUACCCUACCCAGGGAUUUUAAAUUAUCCCGAACUGCUGGACCCCUUCGCGCUUCCCGUGCCCUAAACCGCUCCCCGCCACUUCCGUCUUCACACGCCGGCAGGAGGAGGUGGCAGCACAGAGGCGAUUUUAUUCGUAUUUUUUUCCUCCGGGUUUUGUCAUGGAAACGCUGACACACAACCUCCAGACGGCCGCGGGGCCGGCCGGGGACUGAGGGCUUUUGGGACCCUGCGGGAGCGCGGCGCGCACUCUGCACUCCCCGGGAAACAGCUGGACGCGACCAAAUCCCCGGUAGGGGCGGGGGGAGCGCGACGCUCCGCCCCGGCGCUCGGGUCCCUCCCUCCGCCCGGCUCUCCGCAGGCGCCCUCCCCUCGCCGGGGGCUGCGAGUUGCAUUUGGUAAAACCCAGCCCCGGAAUAUAUAGAUCAUUGGAGCGCAAUGAAGUAGCCUGUGGAGACGAGGGAGGGGGCCCGUCCGACAACCACAGAGGCCGGCGCAGAGGCAGCGGCAGCGGCAGCGCGGCUGCACCACCAUCACCGCUCGCACCCCAGCCGCCCGGCCCGCGAGGAGGCAGCGGCUGCCGCCGGCGGGAGCGGAGGCGGCGGCGGAGAGGCGAGAAGGAGCAGCAGGAGGAGCACGAGCGCGCAGCCGGCUAGUCCACGCAUCUCCACUUCCAGAGCAACUCCGGCGCCUUCCACACCCUUGCCCAGGGCUGGGGGCUCCGAGAGCAGCCGCGGAGCCAGCCUGAUCCUCCCUGCGAACCCUGCCGAGCCCUGCCCUGCGCCUCCCGGGCUCCGCUCGGCGCGGCGGGGUCCCCGCUCUUGCGCUCCGGGAGCGCCUCCCGGACACCCGGGUCCCCGCAGCCAGGACAAAGCCAUGAAGCCGGCGCUGCUGGAAGUGAUGAGGAUGAACAGAAUUUGCCGGAUGGUGCUGGCCACUUGCUUGGGAUCCUUUAUCCUGGUCAUCUUCUAUUUCCAAAGUAUGUUGCACCCAGUCAUGCGGAGGAAUCCCUUUGGCGUGGACAUCUGCUGUCGGAAGGGGUCUCGAAGCCCCCUGCAGGAACUCUACAACCCGACCCAGCUGGACCUCUCCAAUACGGCCGUCCUGCACCAGAUGCGCCGGGACCAGGUCACAGACACGUGCCGGGCCAGCAGCGCCAUGAGCCGCAAGCGGCGGGUGCUGACCCCCAACGACCUCAAGCACCUGGUGGUGGACGAAGACCACGAGCUCAUCUACUGCUACGUGCCCAAGGUGGCGUGCACCAACUGGAAGCGGCUCAUGAUGGUCCUGACCGGGCGCGGGAAGUACAGCGACCCCAUGGAGAUCCCGGCCAAUGAGGCGCACGUGUCGGCCAACCUCAAGACCCUGAACCAGUACAGCAUCCCCGAAAUCAACCACCGCUUGAAAAGCUACAUGAAGUUCCUGUUCGUGCGGGAGCCCUUCGAAAGGCUGGUGUCCGCCUACCGGAACAAGUUCACGCAGAAGUACAACACCUCCUUCCACAAGCGCUACGGCACCAAGAUCAUCAAGCGGCAGCGCAAGAACGCCACGCAGGAGGCCCUGCGCAAGGGCGACGACGUCAAGUUCGAGGAGUUCGUAGCCUAUCUCAUCGACCCGCACACCCAGCGCGAGGAGCCCUUCAACGAACACUGGCAGACCGUCUACUCCCUCUGCCACCCGUGCCACAUCCACUACGACCUCGUGGGCAAGUACGAGACGCUGGAGGAGGAUUCCAAUUACGUCCUGCAGCUGGCGGGCGUGGGCAGCUACCUGAAGUUCCCCACCUACGCCAAGUCCACGAGAACUACUGAUGAGAUGACCACGGAGUUCUUCCAGAACAUCAGCUCCGAGCACCAAACGCAGCUGUACGAAGUCUACAAACUCGAUUUUUUAAUGUUCAAUUACUCAGUGCCAAGCUACCUGAAAUUGGAAUGAAGGGUGGGGGUGGGGAGAGGGGAGAGAAUCCUGCUUUUAAUUUAAGAUUUUUAUUUGUCAAAAGAAUUAUAUGGAUAUUGGGUUAUUUUGUAAAUUAAUAUUUCUUUGGGGAUGAUGCUGCGAGCAGCAUAGUGAGAAUUAUUUAAAAAUCCUUAGUAGGGAAGGACGGCUGUCUUUGCAGGGGAAUAGGAUGGGUGUCCUUGUUUUUAGACGUGAAUCCCGCAACACUGUCUCAGAGGUUUCUUUGUGUUCUGGUGAAUUCCAUGAAUUGUGCAUCUCGUAAAUUCCGAUCGAUGUUAUUUAUAGUUAUUUAAACAUGGUCUCUGUAUAGAUUUCUUUUUGUGGCAGGAAGAUGCUACUGUCUCUGCGGAAGAAAUCUAUGUUUCAUUUUGUGCUUGCAACAGCUCAUGUGGGGGCAUGAAUGUUCUUCUCACUAACCGCCCAGAGAGUCACUGUGAUAACAACCAUUGUGCUGUUGAUAGAACCGGUCUGGAAAUUCUGCUAGAAAUAAAUAGAGGCAUCUUUGCAAGGGACUGAUUCCAUACCAAUUUCAAUCAACGCAAAAGUCCCUCGCUCUAGGGAAAAGUGAUUAUUUUUUAACCCAAGGGGAGAGCUGAUUGUAGCCCCCCCCUCCUGAAUUAGCAGUCUGAUAGAAUAGGCUUUUCUACAGAAAUUUUUAACUGGCAGUGCCAGUUGUGAUGAAGGUAAAGUGGCUGUUGCUUUAACAUUCAACAAGUAUUUAUUAAGCAGCUAUUAUGUGCUAGGCUGAAUUCUAGAUCCUGCCAAUAGAGCAUUGAACAAAACCAGUAGUCUCUGCCCUCAAGAAGCUUUAUGUGGACACAGAGUUAUCCAGCUCGACAAUUAGCAAACCCUUGAUAUUCAUGGACUGAACGCCAGGUUUGGACUAUUCGUGAACAAGCCCACAAGCCUCAGGACACCUACAAAUUUGCAGUUUUAUGUGGUCCAAAUUUGAAAACCACACGCUUAGAGCAGGCCACUUAACAUGGUGAGUAAUCCAAGCUCAUUGCCCAACCUAAGAGAUGACAAAACAGUUUCCUAUUAUGUGCCCACUGCAGUUAAGCCUCAAAACAGAUUUGCCAGGCACAGCCUUGAAGAGUGCUGUGAUUGAUUAGUGAUGUCUGCCUUGGUUGAAGGAAGGGGAAUAUGCACCCUCUCUUCUUGUCCUCUCCAGCCCAGCCUUCAGGUCUCCACCUAGAGGUGUGUUUUCUGCUCUUUGCUAUGCAAAAGAUAAAAGUUUUGUGGUAGGACUCAGACACUCAAGGAUUUGCGAUGGUCUGGCAGCAUUUCUACUCCUUGCGAAGGUCAGAGGCAGACUAUUUGUAGACACAUGCAGACACAUACCGGCUCCCAAGUGCUCCAGAGGCCAAGAAACCCCCAGCGCCUUUGCAACCACCAGCAUCAAGCAGCAAGGACAGCCUUCUGUGAUCAUAAUCCAUGCCCCUUUCCUCUGGAAGCCUGGAAACCUGCCAUUUUUCCUGAUCCUGGCUAAUUAAUGUCUGCAUAGGCUUCUCGUUUCCAGCUGUUUCCAGUGCCUCAGCUGAAGUUUGAGCCACAUCCCUCUUACAGCUAGUGAAUGGCUUUUUGGUGGCAGAUACUGUAUAUAAUGAUAAUAAUAGUUCUAAUAAUAGGGGGUAGGUAAGGUGUGGGUCAGUUUUGCUUUCUGUUUUUCGUUUUUGAUGCAGUGUGUAGCACAGAGGGGAGACUAUUCUAAACAGACAGAAAAUGAAUAAUUUAUUCACAGAAACUGUUAAAGGCGUAUUGUAAAGCUCACAGCCAGCUCGGUGAGCUGCGGCUGCUGUGUCUCACCGAGGAAAUUAUUUUAUUGAACAUGAGUGAGGCAUGGCGCUGGAGAGGGUGGCUGAAACUAUUUAUAAAAUGUUGUGUACCUUCUUCCAAGCUCUCUCCACUUUGCAAAGGGCAAAGCAACUCUACCCUUGAUGGAUAGAGAUUUGUGCCAUGUGUUUUACCAAGCAGUGUGACAGGCCUCAGCUGUCCCUGAGAUUGUCCCUGGGCCAUAUUUUCAAGCAGGGGACACUGUCCUCAAAAUUAGGGCUUCUGCUAAUGAAAGAGGUUUCCAGCAUUUCCUGAUAACGGGCUUCCCAGACACAAUCUGGUGCGAUGCAAAAUAGGCGUUUUUGUGGUCCAGCAUCCUUGGGAAAUAAAGCUAAGUCCAUUUCCCUUCUGCAGGACUUUUCAGAGCCUUGAAUAUGUGCUGUGCAUCGUGAAUCCCCAAGAGCAUCACCGAUGGGGUCGGUACCAUUUCCUGACCUUUUGUGAGCAGGAGAGUCUGUUCUGCAGAUCAUCUCACAGAGCUAAUGUUCCACUGAAUAUUCUUUGGUUAGGUCGCUUUGGCAUCUCUGAGGUCUUCAAGGAUAAAAACUGCUUCCUUGACCCCCCCUUCAGAAACAAAACAAAAUAACAAGAAAACAGCACCACGAUUUCCACCUGGUUUAUAGCCACAAAGGUACUUUACCAAAUAAAUUCAGCUUUUGCUUGAGUGCAAUGGUUCUAAUCCUGGGUAUUACAUGGGCCACCAUCCCCUCCCUCCCACAGGGAGUGGAGGAGCAUCUUGGGUGGUGCAGACAGAAGGGGGGGGGUGCGCAAAGCCUCACUUGGUCCCCUUACAGCUCAACCCUUGAUGAAUGCUCCUUCAAUCCCAUAGUUUGGAAUUGUUCACUGUAUGCUUUUUUUUUUUUUAAGUGGAAAUUCACAUAGAUUUCCCAAACUUUGCAUUUGCAGUUCUGCACCUUAUCUUUGAUCAGAGGUGUGAGCUGCUCCAGGCCGUGUGCAGCUGCCGUCCUUCAUCCAUCUUCUCUCUCUAGUGGGAAAGCGUGUCCUCCAGGGAACAGUGUGGCAGUAUGGUUCUGUGAUCGAGGCUCUCUCGCCUCGUGUUUUGUGUUCAUAUUUUAUUUUCUAAUGGCAUCAAAACUUUUUUUUUAAAAAAAAAAAUCUAUUCAACUGUUUUUGCAGAAUGUAGAGAGUCCACUGUGUCCUUAGGUAAAAUCAAAUCCAUGGGAGAACAUGUGCCUGGAAAACAGAAGUUUUGGGUUUUUUCUUUGUUUUCUUCUUCUUCUUUUUUUUUUUUUUUAACUGUUUGAAAAAGCUUUCUGCAUGCUUAGCUGGAGAAAAGUACAGGCAGGUAUCCCAUCUCUGAGCCUCUUCCAGAGGUGGCUGCUGUGUUUUCAAAACCAGGUACAGAGUAUUAUUGAUAAGAACAUUCCUGCUUGUCCUGCCCCUUUGGUUGGAAAACUCUAGACUAUUAGCUAUUGGUUUGGUUUGAAUUCCUGCAGCUUCUCCAGACGCACCCCCUUCUCUGCCUCCCCAGCUGGUCUGGGGAGAAGGGACAUCUGCUGACUUGUGUCUCAGAAGGGUCCUUCCUUCCUACCUGUCCACCAGGUGAGUUUUUCUGUCCUGCUUGUUCACCUGGACGGCACAGGAUAGCAAUGGGCAGUGGAAACUCCAGUUGAACCAGUGUCUUGGUGGCAAAGUUAUGGACACACAAGGGUCUCAUCUCUGCUGGGAGAAAAUUCCCAGAAGAAGAGCGAGUCCCUAGCAUCCUUAGCUGGUGGAGCCUGGACCAGUGCUGCGGUGGAAAUGGCAAAUGUCUCUGUCCUAGCCAAGGGACUCUGUCCCUAGUGGGUGGUGUUUAGAGCAGAUCCCUCACAGCCUGCCCACCCUCCCCACCACAAACACACACAAUCUGAGCUGCCCCAUUCUGUGCGAUCCUGGUGACCAGAAUUCCUUUCCCACUCAUGUCGGCAGGACUGACCUCGUCCCACUCCCAAGUUCCCACAACCAGUAUUUCCUCCAGCCCUUUCCCGUCGCAACUGACUGGACCCUCUGAACAGGCAGCAGGAUCUCCUACAACCAGCUUGACCCUCGGCCAUGAACGGGCAAAUUUCAGUGUGUUAACUCUUUGUCAGGUACAGAAGGGGCUGCCCGUACUAUUUUCUUAUGAGGAUGCUCGGUGUGGCAUAUGGACAUAUAAUUUAACAUCUUUGUGAAGUGUGAUUUUCUUUUUUUCAUAUUUGUAUGCAGUAGAGGGCUUGUUGUAGAAAACUCUCCCUGUAUCUUACUGUACCGUUCCAGAAAGCUGAAUUCCACAUUGCCAACAAAAGCGUGAAAAUGUUCAUGAACCUUCCUCCAGGAAAAGCCAUUCAAGCCUGAUUAUUUUUCUAAGUAACUUCAAUUAAAUUGAAGGAAAAAAAAAAAAA